AUGCCUACUGUGCCCACUGCCCACAGGCCGAUAAGACGAGAAGGACUUCAGAAAGCGGUGAAGGUUAACACGAAGACCCAGCAACGUCCUGUCGGGAAACGCCUUGGCGGGAAGUUGUUCGCCGUAGGCGCACGGAAGCGAAGGUGGAAGCGAAGGUCCCGCGCCGUGCAGCAGUCGCCCCAACUACGAACGCCUUCACCCGAUGCUUUCGUGGCUUCAAAGGGACCGUGUCGCUCCAGCGUUUCCCGCCUCGGUGCGUUUUCCGCCUCCGUCGAUGAAAAGAAUCCGGAUGAGCUGCUCUGGGCGCUUCAGAGGGGAGAUGAAGCGCUGGCAAUGGAACUUCUGAAGAGUCCACGUGCCCCGGAGCUGCUGAAACGCCGCUCCAGACGUCACGACUGUACCUGUCUGAUGCUGGCGGCUGGAGCCUCGGGCCGCCCAGCAUCAGACGUCCUGGUGGAGCGGAUCCUGUCCUUCGGUGCCGCAGCCAAUGUGGCGGCCAGAAGCCGCAGCCACCGCACGGCGGCGGACUAUGCGGCGCUGCACCCCACGUGUGAACAUCUCAGUCCACGACUGCGUGCCUUGGCCUUAGAAGCCGUGCACUCGACGUCAUCGCGCUGUCCCUGCUGCGGCCAGCAGCUGAUGCGGCGCCCAAGGAUCGCAUCGCUGGCAGAUCGAUAUCUGAGAGGUGAACAUGAAAAUCAGCUGCUUGAGCGAUUCUUCAGCGAAGAAAUCACCGCCAAAACGGAGAAUGGAAGUUCUGCCACAUGGGAUACGCUGAUGCGACCAGAGUUCCACACCUUUCACAAGUCCAGGACUUUCCACAAGGAGCUUUCUGAGUCCUUAGCCGUCUUGGAGGAGAUUCAGAUUUCGUGUCCGCAGAUUCUUGAGGAUGCUGAGCAUUGGCAUUUCUUGGAUCUAUGUUGCGGCAAGUCGCUCACUUCGCUGGUCCUUUCCACCCGAUGUCCCGACUUAACCGUGUCGGCCCUGGAUCGUGUGGGGCCAGAAGGAAUCCCACAUUACAAAGAAGCUGGCCUGUGCGUCAAGUAUUUGCAGCAGGAUUUGCUGGAUUCCGCCUCGUUGCCCCGCCUCGCCAGCCAUUUGCGGGGACGCACCACGGCGAUGGUCGGAUUGCACCUGUGUGGAAAUCUCAGCGUGCGCGCGGUGGAACUCUUUGAAGAGUUGGAAUCGAUUCGCAUUUGUAUCCUGGUACCAUGCUGUUUGCCGCAUCUGAGAGAUGCCCCCAAUUCUCUGAAGCAUCUGUACCGACAAUCUGUGGCAGAUGAUCUGCAAUACGCGAAAUGGGUGAGCUACUUAGAGGAGCGGUUUGCCGCGAUUCCCAACGUGGCAAUGGUACGCCAGAGAUCAGCAGUGCAUAUGAAAUCCAAGAAGAAUACGAUCUUGACCGCCAUCAAACGAGAUGCUUGA